UCAUCUGGGACGACAGCGGGCACAGAGUCACCAAGCUCGACAGCAGGCGCCGAGUCACCAAGCUUGACAGCGGGCACCGAGUCAUCUGGCACGACCGCGGGCUCCGGGGCGUCAGGCUGGACCACGGGCACGGGGCAUCAGGCUGGACCGCGGGCACUGGGGCAUCAGACUGGACCACGGGCACCAGGGAGUCAGGCUGGACCAGCUGGAUCGCGUCAUCAGGCUGGGGAGGAUCAUCAGGCCGGGGAGGAUCAUCAGGCUGGGCAGCAUACACUGGGUCAUCAGGCAUCCGGGCAUCAGGCUGAACAGCGGGCACCGGGGCACCAGGCUGGAUAACAGAAGGUGGGUUCUCAGACAGCAGGCUGACCG